AUGGCCUGGGAAUAUGUACACCAUUUCCCAUAUGAGCAAACUGUCUACACAAGUAUCAGCAUGGAUCAAAAAGCCGAAAAACACAUCCUAUUCGUGGGCACGAAUUUAAGCCAUGCUGUCUCAAAUCGCAUCCACGAUAUCGUGGCAAAAGAAGUGGGCAUCAACUGGCAGCUUGAAGCCAUGGACACACCUGUUCUUGACAAAUUUGCCAAACGGAUCCGGGAUGAAGAUUUCGGAGGUGCCAUUGUAACUAUCCCGCACAAGAUCAAUGUAUUGCCGCUACUCGACCAUAUUGACCCCAUGGCCCAGCUGCUCGGCGCCUGUAACAACGUUUACAGAAGAGCGGACGGACUUCUGGCCGGGACAAAUACCGAUUGGAUCGGAGUGCGCGACUCCCUACUCGAUCUCUCGCAACGCGUCCCCGGGGAUCAGUUGGCAACUGAUAGCACGGAACCCGGUCGCGGCAAGCCAGCAUUUGUGGUCGGCGCUGGCGGUGCAGCUAGAGCGGCAGUGUAUGCUCUUUCCAAGGCUUUAGGGGCCACUGUGAUAUAUGUUAUCAACCGCGAUGAGCACGAAGUUGCUGCGCUCAUUCAUGACGCUCAAAAUGGCUACCGCAAGGCCGGCUUAGAGCCCCCUAUCAUCAAGCACCUGCGGAAGCCGUCCGAUGCAAUUGGACUGGAGGACGCAUAUUAUGGUAUAGGCACAGUACCCGACUUUGAGCCAUGUACCGAGACAGAACUGGAUGCUCGGGCGGUGUUUAUAGAGAUCUUGAACCGUCAAAGGGGUGUAUUUCUAGACAUGUGCUACCGUCCACGGUUCACAAGAAACCUCAAGCUAGCACGAGAGAAAGGAUGGACAUCUGGUGACGGGGGACAAGUUGUUGGCUGGCAGCUCAAAGCCCAGUGGGAGGUUUGGGCUGGGAAAGACAUAAGCGACGCAAUCCCGCUGAGCAAAAUGAUCGAGCAAGUGCACGAAAUAGUGGAAAGCCUGGCGCAUUAA